CGCUCUCAGUGCCCGGAGCCGGCUGCCCGGCUCAGGGCUGUACGCAGCUCCCGCUCCUGCCGGGGAUCCUGAAGCCUCUCCGGCUCCGGGGCACAGGACCGCGCGGCUGGCUGGCCCGAGCCCUGGGCGCGCCGCGGAAGCAGGCUAGGACUAUCAGCAAGGCCUCCAGCUUGCCUCCACCAUGAACAGCUUUCUCCCUGAAGGCCAAGCUUGAGUCUCCAUCGUGGCCGCAGACUAAAUGACCUCAGCCCGCUUCAGCUGUGAUGGCUUCUUUCGCAAAUGAAAGCCCGUGGGGCCUGAUGGCGCUGUCCACAGUGGGCCUCCUUGUUGGCUCCCUUCUGCAAGCUGCCCUCACUCUGAACCCUGAGGACCCCAAUGUGUGUAGCCACUGGGAGAGCUAUGCCGUGACUGUGCAGGAGUCUUAUGCACACCCCUUCGAUCAAAUCUACUACACACGAUGCGCAGAUAUCCUGAACUGGUUCAAGUGCACCCGGCACCGGAUCAGCUAUAAGACGGCGUAUAGGCGUGGCCUCCGGACCAUGUACCGGCGGAGGUCCCAAUGCUGCCCUGGCUACUAUGAGAACGGAGACUUCUGCAUUCCCCUGUGCACCGAGGAGUGUAUGCAUGGCCGCUGUGUUUCCCCGGAUACCUGCCACUGUGAGCCUGGAUGGGGAGGCCCUGACUGCUCCAGCGGCUGUGACAGCGAGCACUGGGGUCCUCACUGCAGCAACCGGUGUCAGUGUCAGAACGGCGCCCUCUGCAACCCUAUCACCGGCGCCUGCGUGUGCGCCCCGGGCUUCCGAGGCUGGCGCUGCGAAGAACUCUGCACGCCCGGAACCCACGGCAAGGGCUGCCAGCUGCCUUGCCAGUGCCACCACGGCGCCAGCUGCGACCCGCGCACUGGAGAGUGCCUCUGCGCACCGGGCUACACCGGCGUGUACUGCGAGGAGCUGUGCCCCCCUGGGAGCCAUGGAGCUCACUGUGAACUACGCUGCCCCUGCCAAAAUGGGGGCACCUGCCACCACAUCACUGGCGAGUGUGCCUGCCCUCCAGGCUGGACGGGAGCAGUGUGUGCCCAGCCCUGCCCACCAGGGACAUUUGGCCAGAACUGUAGCCAAGAUUGUCCUUGCCAUCAUGGAGGCCAGUGUGACCAUGUGACUGGACAAUGCCACUGUACAGCUGGAUACAUGGGGGACAGGUGCCAAGAGGAAUGUCCCUUUGGAACCUUCGGUUUCCGGUGUUCUCAGCGCUGUGACUGCCACAACGGAGGUCAAUGUUCACCCACCACAGGCGCCUGUGAAUGUGAACCUGGCUACAAGGGCCCUAGUUGCCAAGAGCGGCUAUGCCCCGAGGGCUGGCAUGGCCCAGGCUGCUCCUUGCCCUGUCCCUGUGACCCCGAAAACACUAUCAGCUGCCACCCGGUCACUGGAGCUUGUACCUGCCAACCAGGCUGGUCGGGCCACUUCUGCAAUGAGUCCUGCCCUGCCGGCUACUAUGGCAACGGUUGCCAGCUGCCCUGCACCUGCCAGAAUGGCGCUGACUGCCACAGCAUCACUGGGGGCUGCACUUGUGCCCCAGGCUUCAUGGGAGAGGUGUGUGCGGCUCCCUGCGCUGCCGGGACCUACGGUCCCAACUGCUCAUCCGUAUGUAGCUGUAGCAAUGGCGGCACCUGUUCCCCUGUGGAUGGUUCCUGCACCUGCCAAGAGGGGUGGCAGGGCCCGGACUGUUCCCUGCCAUGUCCCAGUGGGACGUGGGGCCUGAACUGCAAUGAGACUUGUGUCUGUGCCAAUGGGGCAGCCUGCAGCCCCUCUGACGGCUCCUGUGCCUGUACCCCAGGCUGGCUGGGGGACUCCUGUGAACUGCCUUGCCCGGAUGGCACGUUUGGGCUGAACUGUAGCGAGCGUUGUGAUUGCAGUCACGCCGACGGCUGCGAUCCUGUCACAGGCCACUGCUGCUGCCUGGCAGGAUGGACAGGCAUCCGCUGUGACAGCACAUGCCCUCCAGGUCGCUGGGGUCCCAACUGUUCAGUGUCCUGCAGCUGUGAGAAUGGAGGUUCCUGUUCCCCAGAAGAUGGGAGCUGCGAGUGUGCCCCUGGCUUCCGAGGACACUUAUGUCAGAGAAUCUGCCCACCAGGGUUCUACGGCCAUGGCUGCAGCCAGUCUUGUCCCCUCUGCGUGCACAGCAGCGGGCCCUGCCACCAUGUCAGUGGCAUCUGUGAGUGCCUGCCAGGAUUCUCCGGAGCCUUGUGCAACCAAGUGUGUACUGGAGGGCACUUUGGGCAGGACUGUGCCCAGCUGUGUUCCUGUGCCAACAACGGGACCUGCAGCCCCAUCGACGGCUCCUGUCAGUGUUUCCCUGGGUGGAUCGGCAAGGACUGCUCACAGGCCUGCCCAUCUGGGUUCUGGGGCUCUGCCUGCUUCCACACAUGCAGCUGCCACAACGGGGCGAGCUGCAACGCCGAGGAUGGGGCCUGCCACUGCACCCCUGGCUGGACCGGACUCUUCUGCACGCAGCGUUGCCCUGCAGCAUUUUUUGGGAAGGAUUGUGGGCACAUAUGCCAGUGUCAGAAUGGAGCCAGCUGUGACCACAUCACUGGGAAAUGCACCUGUCGAACAGGCUUCACCGGGCGCCACUGUGAACAGAGAUGUGCCCCUGGGACCUUUGGAUACGGGUGUCAGCAGCUAUGUGAGUGUAUGAACAAUGCCACUUGUGACCAUGUCACCGGUACCUGUUACUGCAGCCCCGGAUUCAAAGGAAUCAGGUGUGACCAAGCUGCCCUCAUGAUGGACGAGCUGAAUCCCUACACCAAGAUCAGUCCAGCUCUGGGAGCAGAGCGGCACUCAGUGGGUGCUGUCACGGGCAUCAUCCUCCUGCUGUUCCUGGUUGUGGUGCUGCUGGGCCUGUUUGCCUGGCGACGGAGGCGGCAGAAAGAGAAAGGCCGUGACCUGGCUCCCCGUGUCUCCUACACCCCGGCCAUGAGGAUGACCAGCACAGACUACUCUCUCUCAGAUUUGUCUCAAAGUAGCAGCCAUGCCCAGUGCUUUUCCAAUGCCAGCUACCACACACUGGCGUGCGGGGGGCCUGCCACCAGCCAGGUCAGCACUCUGGACAGGAACAGCCCCACCAAGCUCAGUAACAAGUCCCUUGACAGAGAGACAGCAGGCUGGACCCCCUACAGCUAUGUGAACGUAUUAGACUCCCAUUUCCAGAUCAGUGCCCUGGAGGCCAGGUACCCGCCCGAAGACUUCUACAUUGAACUUAGACACCUCAGCCGCCACAAUGAGCCACACUCACCAGGCACUUGCGGAAUGGAUAGACGUCAGAACACAUACAUUAUGGACAAAGGCUUCAAAGAUUACAUGAAAGAAUCUGCGUGCAGUUCUAGUACUUGUUCCUUGAACAGCAGUGAAAACCCUUACGCCACAAUUAAGGAUCCACCCAUCCUCACCUGCAAGCUUCCAGAAAGCAGCUAUGUAGAAAUGAAGUCACCUGUGCACAUGGGGUCUCCGUACACAGAUGUGCCAUCCUUGUCGACAUCUAAUAAAAAUAUAUAUGAAGUUGAGCCCACAGUCAGUGUGGUCCAAGAAGGCCGAGGCCAUAACUUCAGCUAUAUCCAGAAUCCAUACGACCUACCUAGGAACAGCCAUAUUCCUGGUCAUUAUGACCUCCUCCCAGUAAGACAGAGCCCUGCUCAUGGGCCCUCCCAGGACAAGCAGUAAGAGGGAUAAGCUUCUCUCUUAGUGUCCUCUGCUGACUAUUCUCUGACUCUGAAAGAAGACAAUCCGUGACUUGAAAUAUCAGUACAGAUUGACCUGGAUUGAAAGAAGCACUUCCAAAUGGGAUUGGGAUAACUGUUCAAGAAAGUCUGUUCACAAAGGCAAAUCCUAUCACCUUCAGCCCUAAAUGCCCUGGAUAUGAUUUUUAAGACAUUUAAGAUAUUGCUACUCAUCAAGAUCAGCUAAAUUCAGUUAAAAGAUAUGUAUUUAAUAUUCUGAAACAAUGCUUAAGAUGAAUGUAGCUUAGGUUCUGCAAACUUUCCUAGAAGGAAAGGGGACUGGGGAAGGGAGAGGGCACUUUAAAGCACCUGAAAUGUGUAUGUGCUGUUGAUUGUUGUUACCAUCAACAUCUGUUUCAGUACCUAAGGGAACUGGUACGUGGACAUGAACUGUUCUAAUAUUAAUCGUAAAGUCUGUGUACAUAAAGAAUGGUCCAUCAAAUCAUAACAGCCAUAAUCAGACUUUAAAAUGUAGCAUACUUCUGACAACUUGCAUUUUCAAAAACAAGAAUUUAAUAAAGACAGUCACUUUCUUCUGCCCCAUCAGUGAUAGUAGGCAAAACAGAAAGAGAAGGAAAACAUAAAAUAAAAGAGUAAUUAUUUCAAAAGUGCAGCACUUUCAUUCAGUCUAGAAUAAUUUCUAUGCCUGCUUUACCAAAUUUUACCAAGUCAAAGUUCAAGAAUAAUGAAUGUCAAUCCUGGCCUGGCUGCAUUACAUUAGUACACCUAGUACCUGGGUCAUUCUGUGUGCACCAGAGGACUAAGCUGCUGCUUUAAGAGAGCAGUCACAGGGCUGGGAAUGCAGCCCUGAGGAAGACCACUUUUCUAGUGAGCAAGGCCCUAGGGUAGAUCAUCAGCAUCAUAAAAAAGGCAUAGGCUGAUAAGAAUUAAGUUUCCCUAGAAACCAUCCAAUUGGCCCAUUCAAUUUACUUAGUUGGGAGUCCCCUGACUUGUUUUCAAGCAGUUCUUCACAGAUGGCACUUGAUGUAGCAUGGAACCUAAGAGUGUAGAAGAAAUUACACAAAUGUAGGCAUGGCAAGCUUAAGUUGCUUAACAUAUAUUGUGCUUUUUGAUGGAAUUAAAUUAAAUAAAUGUAAAAAAAGUUUUUUAAAACCCAGCACUUAUUGAGAUGGGCAAAUAUGUAUUCCAUUAGUUGGUGCUUUAAAUCUCCUGUUCAGAUAAGUUCAUAGCUCCCACUGCAGAGUUUAAUAGCAGGUAAACUGAGGCUUGGACAAUUCUGAAUGUGGCUAAUUCCCAAAUUCCUAUAGGACCCCUUCAUAAGAAUUAAGGGCAAACUGGAAGUUAAUGGCCACCCUUGUGCCACCCCAAGCUCUUAAAGAGUAAUAAGGGUCUAGCCAGUGAAAAUUACCUAAAAAGGGUUUACAGAAGAGGGACUAGAAGACUGUAAAGGUGGAUACUGCUACAGGAAGUGGGGUUGAUACUAACUGGAAGUCAGCUUGGAACCCCUUAGUUUGAGCAAAAGCAAGAAAAUAAAUAUAUAAGCAAAUCUCCCUCCUCACUUCACUCAAGGCAUAAGCCAAUUUUAGCAUUAGAGGAACAUAAACAUGAAUGCUGCAUGUGUGCAUGGAAGCGAGUGAUCAGCAAUAGUAAACUUUCCAAAAAGCCUUAUUAAAAUAGAAAACACUAGAAAAUUACUUUGUAGACCUAAGUUAAUAUUUCUCAUACAUAUGUAUAAAGAAAUAGUUAAAAGACUCACCUCAGUAUUUCAGGGCCACGAGUGUUCAAUUAUCUUUGUGAAGCAAGGAUGAAGAAGCAUGGCAAAAUCCAAUCAGCAAGGAGAAAUGGCAUCUCAAUCCCAGGCUUUAUCUUCUUCCCUUAUCCUGCAUGUACAAUAACUGCUACCUGGCAAACUGCAAUCAUGCAAAUUCCAAGUCUCACUUGCCAACUCCCCUCUGCACAAAAGUAUCCAGCAAGAGGUGGGAUGGCUAGAGCAUUGGUCAAGAGAUGUUGGCACCAUUCUUGUUAAGUCACUUGCCCUCUCUGGGCUCCUUUAUUUCCCUCCACGUGAGAGAAGAGACAGAGUGGGAGCAGAGCUCUAACAACUCUCCAACUGUAGCACUCUACAACAUUUCAAGCAACACAAUUCAAUCAGGCAAUACAGAGGAGAGGCAAAGGGCAAAGAUGUGAUUAACUAUGGUGACGACAGCAGCCUUCACAUAGCUAAGAGUUAGCACUAAGACAUUUCAAUCAUGCAGAGCUGUUAGGAAUUUCUGUCUAACAAUCACAAACAGGUUUGCAGUCGGCCUAAACAUGUGCACUGUGCAUUCUAGCGAUGAUUUGGAAAGAUCUGUUCCAUUAUUUUUCAAAAUGAAAACUUCAAUCCAGUAAAUUAAUAUGUAUACAAGUCAGACAAAUAAAGUACACAGUUAUUGUACAAUAGUGUAAGAGACUAUGAAAUGGCAAUACUUUUUUAAAUCACAGAUUUGUAAUAUAUUUGUUCACUGUGCAGAGGGACUGUACCUCAAACAAAAUAAAAUGGAUUUCUCAAACUAACUUACAAGAAUGCUUACUGUUGUUUUGCACACAGAAAAUCUAUAAUCUACAUUUUAUGUUUAAGACAGAACUAACCUACAUUUGGUAUAGUUACUUUAAACAGCUGGAAGAAUGAAAAUUAUCACAAUAGAUGCUUCAAAAAUUAAGCGAAAGGUUAUUUUUAAAGUGAAAAUGGGAUCUACUUAACUCAUGUGAAGUAUUUUAAAAUCCCACUCACACUAGUAUUAGGUUUCUCUGUUUUCCCAAGGAUGUGUACUCAAAGGGCAAGAGUAAGGACUACCUAAUUUAUAUAAACCCAAUGAACAGAUUUUGACUAAUACAAUUUAGCAUAUGCAUCUGCUUUAGGACAUUUUAAACAAAAAUCUUCUGAUAUAGUUGGAGAUAUGUGUGUGUGUGUGUGUGUGUGUGUGUGUGUGUGUGUGUGUGUGUGUGUGUAUUUUUAAAGCUGUAGGACAAUCAUGAUGACUCAUGACUAUAAUCCCAGCACUUAGGAGGCUGAAGCAGGACUACCAAGAGUUCCAGGCCAGCCUGUCUCAAAACAAGCAAACAGACGAACAAUAAAAGCCAGGCAUGGUGCUGUACUCUUGUAAUCCCAGUAUUCAGGAAGUUAAGGCAGGAAAGUUUCAAGUUGAAGCAGCUUAGGCUACAUAGUGAGUUCAAGAGUAGCCUAGGCUAGGAGACUCUAUCUCAAAAACAAACAAAAUGCAGCAGGUUUAUUUUUUUAAGAAAACACACACAUUACUCAAUUGAGCACAGAGCUCAGUGAUAGAGCAUUUGCCUAGCAUGCAUGAAAGUCUGGGUUCAAUUCCUAGCAUCACAAAAGCUUAAAAGAAAAUACACAUGCCAAAAAAUAGCUUACUGGGCUGGCAAGAUGAUGACCUGAGUUUAAUGCCCAGGACCUGUAAGGAGUAAGGUACAAGUUGUCCUCUGACCUCCACAUGUGUGCUGUGGAUAUGCACACACGCAUGUGCACACACAUCAAACAAAUAAAUUACAUAAAUUUAAAAAAUAAAUUCUGGAAUGAGUUCAAGUUUAAAUUUGCUCUUCAGACUUUCAAAGGUAUAUAUAUUAUCUUCAUACUAAGUCAACUCAAAAUAUUACAACUUGUCAGUUCACAAGGCUUAAGUGAUACUCGGGAAGCAGAGCCAAGCGGAUCUCUGUGAGUUCGAGGCCAGCCUGGUCUACAGAGCGAGAUCCAGGAAAGGCGCAAAACUACACAGAGAAACCCUGUCUCGAAAAAAACUAAAAAAAAAAAAAUUUUUUUUAGGUGCCGGGCGGCAGUGGCGCACGCCUUUAAUCCCAGCACUCGGGAGGCAGAGCUAGGCGGAUCUCUGUGAGUUCGAAGCCAGCCUGGUCUACAAAAGCAAGUUCCAAGAAAGGCACAAAACUACACAGAGAAACCCUGUCUCAAAAAAAAACAACAAAAACCCACACUCCUACAACCUUAGCCCUUCAGGAGACUGAAGGGUCUGGAAUUCAAAGCCAGUCUAGUUAGUAAAACCUUGUGUCAAAGUAAAAUAAAUGGCUGGGGAUGUUAGCUCUGCAGAGUUAACUUGCCUGAAAUGUGUGCAACCCCAAGUUCAGUCACCAACCACCACCACCACCACCACCACCACCCACCCACCCACACACACACACACAAAGUUAUUUCAAUUUAGUAUAGUGUUUAAUCAAGAAUGAUAUAUUUUUGCUACUCAUAAAUAAGGGACAAUUAUUCUCCAGGGCUGGAGGUUGACACAUUUAGUGAACAAAGGGUGAAGUUAUACUCUGUGAGUCUCUGAAUAUCCAUAGAGGAUAAUCAAGGACCAAUGGCUGCAGGUUGUGCCCUUAGCAUCCACACAUUCUAUUAGUCAUUCACCUACUUAGAAGGAAGACACAAGAGUUCACCUGAUCAGUGCACCUCUCUAAGGAAGGAUGGAUCAAUGGAUGGCUACAUGGGAGCUCACUAUAUUUGUGCUUUGUGAAUUUUUUAAAUUGGAAGUCUAUAUUUAUAGAAUUAUACAAUUCUGUGUUAUUUUAAACAAUAGUUAGUUGCCAGAUUAUAUCUGCCCAAGCUAUACCAAAAGGACACCUACACUCCUCCCUCUUAGCCCUCCCACAGUGUUCUGACAUGGGGUUGUCAGGGAAAAACAGAUAUUCAACAUAUAAACAUGAACAAAACCUAUUUCCUGACUGUGGAGCUUACAAUGUGAUUACAAAAGGGCAGAGAUAAAGGGAGGCCUGGGGUGCUAAUUACGCAGUUUCUUCCUUGACUUACAGGAAGCUGAACAGGGGUCCAAACCAACCCCACACAGAGACGAAGCUCUGCUUUGACUUCAGUUGUCAGAUUCUCUCCUCUUUCUAGCAUCUUCCGCCUAAACAACUGUCUACCUAUCAAACUGUCUACCCUAGAGGCUUGGGUAAGAGGAAGUAGGGAACCAGGGAUCUUACAUAGUACUGUUAUUUAUGUAUCCACUUUAAUGCAAAAAAUAAAUGUAAAUAAAACUAGUUAUAUAUAAAACAGCUUCCAGGGCUAGCAAGAAGACUCAGUGGUAAAGGAGCGUGCUGCCAAGGCUGAAAACCUGAUCCCUGGGAUGCACACAGUGGAAAGAGAGAAUCAGCCCCUCAGGUUGUUCUUUGAUCUCCAACCAAGUACUGUGGCAUGCCCCACUGCACCCUCAUAAGUGUGAUAAAAAACUUCAAAUGAAAUAAUGUUGCUUCUUAAAUUGUUCCUUGUCAGGCAGGUGUGUGUGUGUGUGUGUGUGUGUGUGUGUGUGUGUGUGUGUUUCUUGGACCCCAAUAAUGAAAGGUUUUGGCAGCGGCCAGUACAAUGGGUGGCAAUCCCUUAAAGACAUGAAGAACCAUACCACUUCCUUGAAGAUAUAUGAAAAUGAUCUGCUGAGAUACUAAGGGCUGUCAGCAGGGGAUAGAUGCUAAAAACAGGAUGUCUGCUCAGUGGAAUGGGAGUAUAAUGAUCUGAGAGUUUAUGGUUUGAGGAAAGGUGAAGUUCUGCUAACUCAAAAAUACAAAAGGAAUGUUGCUGGCUACUAGUUUUAGUACUAGCUAGUACUGGUAGAGCGUAGUUAACAGCCAAUACACAAUUAUUUUGUGUUCACAUUUGUUAAGAACUACCAAUCCCAUGUCUAAUAAAUGGUAAGAAAAUGAAUUUAAAUAAAUUUAACAAUUAAAUCACAUCAACACCCUGGAAUGUCAUUUAAUCAUGUGCAUGCAUACAUUACCCAUACACUGGAGGACGUUUUUGUUUGUUUUAUUGAGGUGAACACAGGGUCUUGAACUCCUGAUCCUCCUGCUCCUACUUCCCAAGUACUGUGUACUAUCAUGCCCAGCUUAGUCACUAGUACUAGACAGCUAGCUCUUUAGGGCCCUAUGAAAGAUAAUGAGUUCUUAAAAAGUAUGCAAGAUGUUUUUAAAAGUUUUCUCCCAGAAUGCAAGCCAGGUGCAGUGGCACAUACCUGUAAUCUCAAAACUGCAGAGCAGUAUCAGGAGAAUCAGGAAUUCAAGACCAACCUCAGCUACAUGAGAUCUUCUCUCAACAAAACAAAAACAAAAAGCUAGUAGAUUUUUUAAAACAAUAAAAACCAUAAAGAGUUCUCAACUUAUAGUUGACUCAGAUGAUCAAAUGCUUCUCCCUUCCUUCACACAUAUCUUGACACACAUUGUUAAAAUUGACAUUUUUCAAAUGUCCUGAAAACUUGUAUCUUAUUUAUUGAGAAUUAACAUGGUGAUAGAUGAUUUUAAUCAAGAUAUUAAGACCAAAACCAUUUUUGUAAAGUAUUUACCUAAUAUUUUACUUAUCUGUUAAAUUUAAGAUUUGAGUUAGAAUUAAUAAUUUGAUUUUAAUAUCUACACAACUCAGAAAUGAUCUAGUUCAGUCACAUCAUUACUUCAAAGAAUUUGAACUACGAGAUGAAAUAGACAAGAACUACGAUUAUAAUCUCUCUUUUCCAAGCAGCUGCCUACUGUGUUAGUUUAGACCCAUUAGUUCAAUCUUCUAACUCACGUGUGAUGCAGCAAAUUUUCUAAUAAUACCUGCCUGAGAUACAGCAUCCUUUCUAACAUUCUAUUCUCCAAUUUUUAGGAAAAUGGAUACUGUUAGUAAAGUAAGAUUCUGUCAAUGAGAUUAGCAUUCUGUGUCAUUUUAUCGGCCUCCUACAAUAUGGAAGAACACAAUCACUUUAAAUGUUAAGACUGGCAACUCUGUUUUAUUGGCGAUGCACUCAGCCCUGGAAAGGACUAUGGCACAGCGCUGCUCCAACCAGGAGAAAGCUCAGGCUGCUCUCUCUCUGGCGUAGUGUCAUGGCACCCCUAAGACUCGGAUAGCCCAUUAAACCACGUGGGUGUGACUCCUUUCACAGCCUUUGUCCUUUUCUUGUAGCACAACAAAUGAAGGUCAUGUACAAUCUAACAAAGCCCCAUUUUAUUCUGUUUUGGUUUUGUUUUAUUUGAGACAGUGUUGGUUCCCCUGCGUGACUGGGUGUCUGUAGCCUGGUAUUUAGAUCAAGUGGCCUCCUGCUUCUGCCUCCUGAGUGUUGCCAUAAAAGGUAGUUUGAAUUUUCUUCAGGAUUAUGAUCCAUUUUUUUCUUUAGUUAAUAACAUUUUACAAAACUCUAUAAACUGAAAACUAAUAGUAAUAAAUUCUUAAUUUAUCUAUCAACCUUUUCUGCUUCUCAUGUGGGCCAAAAAUGUCCAAAUGGCAUACCUUUUUCUUUAUAAUAGAUUAAUUAUCACAACAGCUCAAACCACUGAGAGCAUUUGGAUUUUAUAAACACAAGUCAGAAAUGACAAAAAUUAAAACAAUCAUUUUCCUAACAACCAAAGAAAUACAACUAGCUCAGAUGUAUGAUUCAAACUUUUAUGGGUUAACUUUUCUGCAGAACUCUUCAGAAUUUAAAAAAAUCAAUGGCAAAGAACACUGGUUGCCACCUCUGCUUACAAUUCCAAUUUAACAUACUCAGUGGAAUGGCUAAGGAUAACUUACCCUGAUAUGGUGACAACCAUGAGAAAAGACAGCAUUUUCUGAAUAACAAAGACAAGGUGUGAUGGCUAACUGGCUUUUCAGGAGAAUUUAACAGGUUCAGAAAAACAUCUAAAGUUAAAAGUAAUGAAAAGCAGGGUCCAAGUACUUAGGAACUGCCUUGAGCCUAGAGUUGUCCUAGUAAAUAAAACCAAUGCUUCCUACUUCGGACAGUUUGUCUCCUGAGGUACAACUCAACAUGAAAACUCUUGUUGACAUGCAAACAAAGUCACUUUCUAACACCGAAUAUUGCUUGAACCUCUCCUAAAAUCCAAUCACGUCCAAGAGCAUUUAAAUCUAUUCUUGGUUUAAAAAAAAAAAAAAUUAAAAGCUACUCUUAGUCAUUUUUUAUUUACUACAUAAUUUUUUCUUAGUUUUAUUUCAUAAAACUCCUGCAAAUUUUUAAAUAAAUAGAGAUGGAACCUUUUUCUGUGUCUAGUGACACUGUUUGACAGGAAAGUACAGAGACUGUGUCACCACUGUCCCUACUAAUACUUUUCCCAGAAGAGUAUAAUUGGACUGAAGAUCUAAAGUCUCACCUGAAUUGACACUGUUGUCCCCAAUCCAAGUUUACUCAGCAAUGCAAGACCUAUGUUCUCACUCAUCAGAAGCAAGUAUUCAUGGCUGCAUCCAAAGAAUUCAGGGGAAAAAUAUAAUCUGACAACACUGGGAAUAGUCCCCCUAUAACUGUUUAUUAGGAUGAGAAUAUACUCCAAAUCAAUAACUAAAAAAAAAAAGUCAAAUUACAGAGCAUGCAUAAAAUACAAAGUAGCAAUUUAUAAAUAGACAGUAUCUUUAUAAUCAAUA